AUGGAAAAUAAAACGAAUGGUGAUGAGCAACAAACUGAUAUUGAAGAUGAAGAGAAUAUAAUUAUUAUUUGUUUUGAUCCAGAUAAUGAAUUCAAUGAUCAUAUAGAAGAUCUAAAACAACAAAUCAAUGAUUCAUUUAUAUUUUAUAGUGAACUCGAAUUAUGUAUUAAUUUUAUUAAAUCAAUUGUCGAUAAAACAAUAUUUCUGAUUAUUUCUCCUUCAUCUAUUUCUCAACUUAAUAAUUUUAAUCAAAUUAAAAAUAUUUUUUUAUUUGACGUAUCAAACAAUUCAAAUGAAUGUUUAUCAUUUGAAGAUUCAAAAAUAAUUGGUAUCUAUGAUAAAUUUGAUUUAUUACUUACAGCAAUUACAAAGCAAAUCAAUUUAAUUGAGACGAAAAUGAGUCAAUGUUGUUUUUUUGAUCAAAUUCAAUAUGAAAAUAAAGAUUUAUCAAAACAAUCGAAUAGUUUUCUAUGGCAUCAACUUUUUCCUGAUGUUCUCUUACAUUUAUCAUCUGAUCAACAGUUUGAAAAUGUAGAUCAGAGUAUCUUAGAACAAUUUCCAUGGAUUAAUGAUUAUAAACCAAACGAAGCGGUAGGAUUGUUUAUGAAAUAUCCAUCACUUCGAGAAUUUAUUAACAAAGCUCUGAAAAACGAAGAUAUUAAACAACUUUAUAUGUUACGAUAUUUUCUCAGAGAUCUAAUACAAAAUCUUCAAUUCGAUAAUAUUCAACAACAGAAUGAUCAAUUAUGGAUUAUUAAAUUAAUUUCAGUUAAUGAUGGACAAAUAAUUAAACAAAAAUAUAUUGAUGAUACACGUCGUCAAUUUCCAGAUUUAAGUAUUUCAAUUAUUUUUGGUAAAUUAAUUUGUGAUAUGAGUCAAUGGAAUCAAUCACAGGCAUAUUUUGAAUAUUCAUUAAAUAAUUAUUCACAUACGGAAGAUUUAGCAUGGGUUGAACAUGGUCUUGGUCAAGCUCAUCAUUGGAAAGGAGAAUGGAAUGAAUCAAGAAUAUAUUAUGAUCGUUCGUAUGAACGAAUGAUGAAAAAUGAACCAGUUCGUAUUAAGGAUUCUGCUGUUAUACUCUCUGAUAUUGGUAAAAUAUUAUAUUUACAAGGACAAAUAGAAGAAUCCUUUAAUUUUCAUGAAAAAGCAUUAGCAAUUCACAUGAAAUAUUAUUCUCCUUAUCAUCCACAUAUUGCUAUUAGUUUAUACAAUAUUGGUUUGAUCUUUCGAAUAAGACAAAAAGAGGAUGAAGCAUUAGUCUUUUUUCAACAAGUAUUAUUAAUCCAAGAGAAAUAUUAUGAUUCAUUUCAUGUAGAUAUUGGUACAAGUUUAACUCAGCUUCCGUUAUGUUUAACGAAGGAAAAAAGAUAUGACGAAGCUCUUAAUUGUCAUCAACGAGCUUUAGCAAUAUAUGAAAAAUAUUACCCAUUAGGCCAUGUAUCGGUUGCGUUUACUCUUAGUUGUAUGAGUUAUAUGUUUUAUGUGCAAGACAAACAAAAUCAAUUUAGUGAAGCUGUUGAUUUCGCUCAACAAUCAAUAACGUUUACAGAAAAAUCUAAUCCAACUAAUUAUAGAAGGAUUGCUAAUAAUCUUAGCAAUAUUAGUGAAGCUUUAAUGUGUCAAAAUAAAUUUGAUGAAGCAUUUGAUUUCGAACAGAAAGCAUUAAAUAUUCUAAAAAUUCAUUGUCCUACCAACAUUAUCAAAAUUAUUGAGAGUUUAAAUCAAAUGGGUGAUCUUCGACGAAAACAAGAGAAAAAUUCUCGACAUAUCAAAGCAGAUAUUCCAUUUACUCUUAUGAGUCUUGGUAUUAUUAAAUAUAAUCAGAGAGAUUAUGAUGAAUCUUUGAAUUAUUAUUAUCGAGCAGCAAAUAUACUCAAAGAAUUUUAUUCGACUGAUUAUAGUCAAAUAAUUCAUAGUCUCAAUUGGGUUGCAUUUAUUUAUUAUAAGAAACAAUCUUAUGAUCGUGCAAUUGAAUUUUAUGAACGAUGCUUGAGAAUUGAUGAAGCCAAUUCUAUUCCAGGACAGUUAACUAUUGAUAAAUUUCUUAUGAAAUUAAGUAGUAUAAAACGAGCUCAACUUCAGUAUGAAAGUUCCCUAGCAUACGAACUAAACUGUUUGUUAAUGCGUGAAAAAGUUCUACCACCCAAUCAUCAAGAUAUUGGUGAAAGUUUAAGUAAUAUAGGUUUAUGUUAUGAACAUCUUAAUCAACGUAAAUCGGCACUUGAUUAUUAUAAACGAGCAUUAGUUGUUUAUGAACAAUGUUCAUUAGCCACGCAUCGUCAAUGGCCUAUAGAAUUAAAAAUUGAGAAACUUUCUACAGAAAUGAAUCAGUUCAACAUUUAA